UGUCCGCUCCCCACGCGUGUCCCUCCGCGGCUCCCGCGGGGACCCCGGGACCCCAUGUCCCUUUGCGUCCUGGCGCCUAGGCCGGACCGAGGUGGCCCGGGAAACGGGCCCUCCCCCCGCCCCCGGUUGCUGGGGGAUCCGCACCUGAGCGUGCCUCAGCGGAGCAGAAAGCGUCACAGUCAAAGCGAAACUCGGGGCCAUUUUUAAACUCGUUUUGAGGAACCUCUUUCCGCGGAUGCCGGUGGCAGAUGGCAGGCCUUCUACGCAGGAAGAAACGCCAGCUCAGGGCACGCGGGCUCGACAGGGCAGCUGAAGAUCCAGACGCGCUCCGAAGGCCGUGCGCUGGCCUCCCCGGCACGUGAACCCUGCGCGUCCUGCUGGCGGGCGCCCCUGCCAUGGCGGGCGGGCGCCCCCGUGACCACGCGGCCCGCGCCCAGGCCAGCCGCGCUCGGGGAGACGCAGGUCGCUGGGAGCAGCGGGGACGCCGCUGGGCUUUCCGUCCCAGGGUCAGACUGGAAGCCAACAGUCACAGCCGCCUGCGGAACAGCAAGCCGGAACCCGCUGUCAGACCCCAAGCCCCCGAAGGGAGGAGGACAGACCUCAGCAGCCCCCGCCCGAGUCCCAGACCCUCCUCCCGCGGGCCGUUCGCCGGGCUCCCGGGAAAAGACCUGCUCACGUUGCCCUGACAUGCUCUGCGCUCGAGCUGGGGCCCCCGGUUUCUGCGUGAAGGCAGCCAGAACCAACGGGGGUUGGGAAAACAGCACACAACUGGUCAAACGGGGCAAAGAACCAGAAUACGGGCUCUGGGAUCUGCGCUGCGGGGAAUAGACACCUGUACCCAUGGCUGUGAUGGCCUGAGGCCAUCACUAUAAUGGUAGUGGGGCUCCUGGUCCAUAAGAAGGCCAAGAUACCAGGCGAUGGUGUGAGGGCAUCAGUAUAAGGGUAGUGAGGCUGACAGUUCACCAGGACAGCAAGACAUCAGGCGACAGCCUGCAGCCAUCGGUAUAACGGUAGUGAGGCUCAGGUUCACCAGAACAGCAAGACAUCAGAUGACAGCCUGAGGCCAUCAGUAUAAUGGUAGUGAGGCUCCUGGUCCAUAAGAAGGCCAAGACACCAGGUGACAACGUGAGGGCAUCACUAUAAUGGUAGUGAGGCUGACAGUUCAGAGGAACAGCAAGACCUCAGGCGACGGCCUGAGGCCAUCACUAUAAUAGUAAUGGGGCUCCCAGUCCAUAAGAAGGCCAACACAGCAGGUGAUGCCCUGAGACCAUCAGUGUAAUGGUAGUGAGGCUCCUGGUCCAUAAGAAGGCCAAGAUACCAGGCGACGGUGUGAGGGCAUCAGUAUAAUGGUAGUGAGGCUGACAGUUCACCAGGACAGCAAGACAUCAGGCGACAGCCUGCAGCCAUCGGUAUAACAGUAGUGAGGCUCAGGUUCACCAGAACAGCAAGACAUCAGAUGACAGCCUGAGGCCAUCAGUAUAAUGAGGCUCGCAGUUCACAACAAGAAUGCCAAGACAUCAGGAGACACUACAGCCCCCCUGUUAACCGCCCUGGGCCCGUGCAAACCCCAGCUCUACGCUUGCCCCUCCUGGAACCUCUGAGUCCCUUCUGUAAGAUGUGAACGUGACACCAGCCUCACCACUUCCCGGCCUUGCAGCAGGGACCAGGGAAUGUCCUAGGGACUCUGUGAUGUGCGGUGCCCACAGUGAGGGCGGGUCACGGUGACUCCGGGAUCACAGGACCUCACUGCAAUCACAGUGGGAGCGGUGCCUGUCGCAACGGCCUGAGGCCAUCAGUAUAAUGUCUGGUUUAGCUCAGGCUGCUAGCACCGAAUCCCAGAGGCGGGGCGGCUUCGGCAACAGACAUCCAUUUCUCACAGUUCCGGAGGCUGGACGCCCGAGAUCCAGGCACCAGCCUAGACGGGUUCUGGGGAGGCCUCUGCCCUUGGCUUGCACACGGCCCCACACCUCUGAGGAAACUUGGGGGUUCCAGGACGCAUCUUCAGGAUGCUUUACGGGAAGAUUCUGUGUGACGUUGAGCAUCCAUCCCUCCGUGGGGGCGGAAGAGGUCGGGAUCGGAAGUCAGCGGAAGAAACCCACGCUCACGACUGGAGUUCCGUGAGCGGGGGAAGGUUUCCUCAGACCCGCCUCGUCCGCCAGCUUUCCACACUCGCGGCUGUCCCGGGGAGGGCAGCACGGUGCCCCGUCCUCACACCGCUCUCCGUCAGGCGGUGAAACCUCACGGCCAAAGCAGCUGACGGAGGGGGCUGGGUUUCCAGGGUCCCAGCGCCCGUGCACGGGUGUCUGCGACUCAGAUCCCCCGUUCUCCUCCGUGAGGAGCUCCAAGCCUGUCCGUCAGACCUCGGGGAGCACCGGGCGGGCGGCAUGGGGGACCUGCCCAAGUCCCGGUGAGCCCGGCAGCAGGGCCUCGACCUGAAGCCUGUCUCUGAACCCCUGGGCUGUGCACCCAUUGUGUGUGCCAGGCCCCAACGUGCCGGCUCCCCCUUGCAAACAUGCUGCGCUGGAAACUAGUAUGUGGGGACGGGCCGUGCAGAUGCCCAGAGCAACGGGGAUUAAAAGGGGACUCGGUAACCACUUUAUCAGAGAAAACGUCUGUGUGAGAGCAAACAGGAAGCCGUUGGGGGAAGGCGGGAGCUGUGUGACCUUGAUCCGCGCCCGCGCCCGCCAGAAUGGACAUGAACGUGAGCGGCCCGGACAACGCCACGAUCCUCAUGCUGCGGGACCCGACCAUCGCCGUGGUCCUGCCCGUGGUCUACUCGCUGGUGGCGCUGGUCAGCAUCCCCGGAAACCUGUUCUCGCUCUGGGUGCUGUGCUGCCACAUCGGGCCCACGUCCCCGUCCGUCAUCUUCAUGAUCAACCUGAGCGUCACGGACCUGAUGCUGGCCAGCGUGCUGCCCUUUCAGAUCUACUAUCACUGCAACGGCAACCACUGGGUGUUCGGCGAGCUGCUGUGCAACGCCGUCACCGUGGCCUUCUAUGCCAACAUGUACUCGUCCAUCCUGACCAUGACGUGCAUCAGCGUGGAGCGCUUCCUGGGCGUGGUGUACCCGCUGGCGUCCGCGCGCUGGCGCCGGCGCCGCUACGCCGUGGCCGCGUGCGCCGGGCUGUGGCUGCUGCUGCUGGCCGCCCUGUCCCCGCUGGCGCGCACCGACCUCACCUACACCGUCGAGGCGCUGGGCAUCGUCACCUGCUUCGACGUGCUCAAGUCCACCAUGCUGCCCAGCGUGGCCAUGUGGGCCAUGUUCCUGUUCACGCUGUUCAUCGUGCUGUUCCUCAUCCCCUUCCUGGUCACCGUGGCCUGCUACACGGCCACCAUCCUCACGCUGCUGCGCACCCGCGAGCCGCACAGCCGGGGGCAGCGGCGCCGCGCCGUGGCGCUGGCCGCCGUGGUGCUGCUGGCCUUCGUCACCUGCUUCGCGCCCAACAACUUCGUGCUGCUGGUGCACGUGGUCAACCGCCUGUUCCUGGGCAGGACCUACUACCACGUGUACAAGCUGACCCUGUGCCUCAGCUGCCUCAACAACUGCCUGGACCCCUUCGUGUACUACUUCGCGUCCCGCGAGUUCCAGCUGCGCCUGCGGCUCUACUUGGGCUACGGGCGCCUCCCCGCCGGCUGCCGCCACGCGCGCUCGGACAGCGUGUUCUCCGCCCGGACGCUGUCGGCGCGCUCCAUGUCCAGCGGCCACGAGGGGCUGGAGGAGGCAGGGAGGCCCUCGCUCAGGAGGCAGGAGAGCGUGUUCUGAGCCGGACACCCCGCCCCCCCCCUCCCGGGGACGGCUGGUGGGACGGCUCGCACGGGCCUUCACGCAUGGGAACCGCUGCGCGUCCAUGGCCGUGGCGCGUGGAGAGGGUCCCCAGGAGCGCACGUCCUAAAACGGGACACCCGGACAGAACGGCUGGGGGACGGCGCGCACCGGCCUUCCCCCGUGCGAACCGCUGCGCCUCCGCCGCCGUGGCGCAUGGAGAGGGUCCCCAGGAGCGCACUUCCUAAAACGGGCCACUGGGACAGAACGGCUGGGGGACGGUGCGCACCGGCCUUCCCCCUGCGAACCGCUGUGCGUCCACCGCGUGGCGCAUGGAGAGGGUCCCCAGGAGCGCACGUCCUAAAACGGGCCACUGGGACAGAACGGCUGGGGGACGGAGCGCACAGGCCUUCCCGGUGAGAACCGCUGCGCGUCCGCGGCCAUGGCGCAUGGAGAGGGUCCCCAGGAGCGCACUUCCUAAAACGGGGCACCGGCAUGGAACACCCCACGGCUUAAUGACACAGGACUCAGCGUGCAGGACGCACUGGGCUCCGCUCCUCAGGACGGGGACCCAAGCUGACCACGAGCUCAGCCAGCCCACCUGAGUCCCUCUGGAGCCCCAACAUCCACCUGCCGUGUUGUCUGUGCCUUGUGCUGGGGUCGCCCAUGGCACCUGCUAUUCCCCAGCCUGGCACAGCCUGGUGCUUUUUGUCCAGCCCACCCUGGGUCACCGUGCGUUCUGGGAUUCACCCAGACCACCAGGCACAGGCCCCUUUGGGUUCGGUGCCCCGGGAGCCCACAGGAACCCCCCCCCCCAUUUGAUCUGCUGCCCCCAGGAGCCACCACGACAGCUUACAAGUGAUUUGGUCACUCUGUUUCCUCAAGGCUCACAUCCUACAAGUCGCAAUGUCCAGGCGGGAAGGACAUCCAUCCAGGAGGUGUGGCUCAGCCCCCCCCCCCCCCACACACACACAAGGCUUGAGGGUCUCCAGCUCCAUGAGAAGCUGCGGAGGCCGAGUUUUGGGAAGGACGACAUGGGUCCGCAGCUACCGUGGGGCUCCCUGAUGGGCUCCAGGGUGCGGCCUCCCCCCAGGUGCCCUCCUGCCAGUCCUCUGCCUCCUGGUGCCAGCCUAGAGCCCCUGAGCCACGUGCAAGCCCUCCCAGGCUGUGAGGUGGCCUCGUGCACCUGACCUGAGCCCUGGCGCCCCGUGGUGCCCGGGCCCCGGACAAGACCACCGAGCACACAAGCCUGCAGCAGGAUCACACCCAAGCCCCCUCUGUGCCCGUCCCUUCCUGCGCCCAGGACACAGCAGUACCAGCCCCCAAAUAUGUGCCGCUCCAGGAAGACGAGGACCCCUGUCCCUGGGGAGUCCAGGAUGCCAAAAGAGUGGGUUUCCUGGAGCCGGGGAUCCGUCUGGAACAGCACUGCCUGCUAUUUUGUUCAUCACACUGGGAUGCACGGCGUUGGGCUCAGGGACCCUCAAGCUGGGAUGGCUGGGGGGCAGGCAGCGUCCCCACUGUAGGUUUGGCACAGAUGGAGACUGGCAGCUGCCAUCCGAGGGCCUCUGGGAGCACCUGCUCCUGCCGUCACUGCUUUGGGAUAAAAGCAGACACAGCUGUCCUGGAGGGAAUAAUGUCCCCCCAAACCCACAUCCACGCAAGCGCACAAUGUGACCUCUCAGAUCGGGAUGGCCAUCAAUCCAAUGGCACGUGUCUUUGUAAUAGACAAAAGAGAGACAGAGACACAGAGGAGAAGCCCCGUGAAGACAGAGGCAGAGACGGGAGGGACGCAGACACAAGCCCGGGGAUGCCUGGAGCCCUGGAGGCUGGAAGAGGCAGGAAGGACCCUCCCCUGGAGCCUCUGGAACGAACACGGCCCCUCCUGGAUCUCAGUGGUUCUGACCCUCCUAGAUCUCAGCAACCCUGCCCUGCCUGGAUCUCAGUGGCCCUGUCCCGCCUGGAUAUCAGCGGCCCUGACCCUCCUGGAUCUCAGUGGCCCUGCCAUGCCUGGAUCUCCAUGAUCCUGUCCCUCCUGGAUCCCAGUGGUCCUGCCCCUCCUGGAUCUCAGCAGCCCUGUCCUGCCUGCAUCUCAGUGAUCUUGCCCUGCCUGGAUGUCAGUGGUCGUGCCCUUCCUGGAUCCAAUAGUCCUGCCCAUCUUGGGUCUCAGUGGCCCUGCCCUGCCUGGAUCUCAGAGGUCCUGCUCUACCUGGAUCUCAUUGGCCCUGCCCUGCGUGGAUCUCAGUGAUCUUGCCCUGCCUGGAUCUCAGAGGUCCUGCCCCUCCUGGAUCUCAGCGGUCCUGCCCUGCCUGGAUCUCAGCGGCCCUGCCCUGCCUGGAUCUCAGCGGCCCUGACCCUCCUGGAUCUCAGCGGCCC